UCGGAAUACGAUGACAAAUACAGGAGGUAAAGUAAUCGCUAAUUUGCGAGAAAAGUUUGUUUAUCACAAAGCAAUACAAUGGUUCCCUGGACAUAUGACAAAGGGUUUGAGACAGAUGCAGCAACAAUUAAAAAAUGUCGAUUGCAUCAUAGAAGUUCACGAUGCACGAGUACCAAUUUCUGGCCGUUAUGCGGACUUCAGCAGAACUUUGACGGGCUUGAAACCGCAUAUAUUUGUAUUGAGCAAAAUGGAUCUAGCUGAUACAAAAUAUAGAGAAAGCAUAGUGUCUACAUUAAAUAGAGAGGGCUUAUCCAAUAUAAUAUUUACAAAUCUCAAAGAUGAGCAAUGCAAAAAUGCAAAAAAAAUUUUACCCUUAGCUAAAAAGUUAAUAUCUAAUUCAGCACGUUAUAAUAGAAUCGAGGAAGAAUCUUAUUCCAUAAUGGUUAUUGUGCCCAAUGUUGGAAAGUCCUCUCUAAUUAAUCGUUUAAGAAACACUCAUCUUAACAGGGCCAAAGCUGCUCAUGUUGGUGGAGUAGCAGGCAUUACACGAUCCUUGUCGACUCGCAUAAAGAUAUCGGAAGACCCAUUAAUAUAUCUGUUUGAUACACCAGGUAUUUUAGUUCCUUCUAUUAAGGACAUUCAUGCUGGUUUCAAAUUGGCUUUAGUAGGCUGUUUGCAAGAUCAUGUGAUAGGAGCGGAUGUACUUGCAGAUUACUUACUGUUCUGGUUAAAUAAAAAUGAACGAUUUGAAUAUGUAGAAAAACUAGGUUUGCCAGAACCAAAUGACAAUGUGAUACAUUUACUUACAUUUAUUGCUGCAAAGUUUCAAAGAACAAUAAAAAUAAAAAGCUAUGAUGGACGAACAGAAACUGUACCAAAUUUGCAAUUUGCAGCAGAACAUUUUGUUGGAUUAUUUAGAAAAGGAAUGUUAGGGUCUUAUUGCUUAGAUAUAGAUUUAAUGGAAACGUUACAAGAUUGCGACAUUAGAUUAGCGUAAUAAUAAUGAUAAUUAUAUGUAAAUAUUAUAUAAAA